UGGACAGGUUGAACCUGUACAGGUACAUAAGGUGCGGGGCGGAAGCAGCUGUUGAACGUUCUAUUUGGACGGACGGGGAAGAUUGGAAGACAAGGGAAGGAUUGUAGACUCCGGACCCCGGGAUCAGAUCAGACGAAGUUACAUGAAAACGGGUAUCAAGAAACAAAUUAGGAGACCCUCCUAUCUUUUCAAGAGUUGUAAAAAGCCUCCUCCGCCAGAAAGUUGGGUUGACUUGACUACAUGGCCUGACCAGCCUAGUGGUGGUCACCAAUUCCAUAAUGGCUACAGGCCAACCAAAGGUCCUUCAACUUGACCCUUCUCCGGAGAAGACUCAUCAUACCGGAACAGAGGUUGGCUUACAGGAGACUCCAGAGAAAAAGUUGAGUUCUGUUGGCUUCUAUGAACUGGAGGUUCCACACGCCUCGAAAAAGAAUGAAGCCACAGAGGAGACCAAGAGCACGGGGUCAGCCGAUGUGGAGACCAAAGAGGUCCUCUCCGAAGAAAAGGACUAUCUAGAUAAAGCGGAAGAGAAGACCACUCAAAGCGAUGCAUCUCCGGAAUACUUGGAUAAAGCAGAAGAGAAGACCACUCUUGACAUUGAAGACCAAAGCCUCGACUACUUUGACCAGACUGCACCCAGGUCAUCCGGACUCAACCACCGGCAUGGAAUCCUGUCUUGUCUUUGUAAAGAGUGCGUCGAAAAUUUGCAAAACAAACGCGAGGAGGUUAAAAAAACAACCGAUACCGACAAAGAGAUAAACGAUGAGUUCUUGCCUUGCGAGGACAGCGCUUCCAUCAAAUCCAACCGCAGCAAUAGGGAUUCGGAAAAAUCAAGACACACCAACUCCUACUCGGAGGAAGAAUGUACGGGCAACAGGUUAGAAGAUGCCCAAGUAACUUUACCGUACCCGGAAAAAUACCCGCCGCCAGAAUGCAUCACGAGACUGAGCAACGCCGGUCUGUAUGAACCCAACGAAGACCUGGGGGUGAGGAGCAGCAAAGCCGAAGAAGACAAGCAAUCACAAGUGGUCAGCGCGGCUUUCUUCGUACAACAUCCGGAUGAAAAGCCAUCCCAGCAGAAGAAGGUCCAGUUGGAAAUGGUGGACAUCGAAAAAGGGGAAACGGAAAGUGAGCCCCUCAUCCGUACCAUCCGAAGAACGGUAGACGAGGAGCCCCCGGAUCCGAGGAUCUGCCAGUGUAACAGGGGCUGCUUGAAGAUCGUUGGGUCCUUCGUCACCUCCAUGAUCGUGUUUCCGGCUUUCCUAUAUGCGGCCUACGCUUGGCUGCCGUUCGAUGCCCCACUGAUGCCGGACAUACCCACCAGACUCGUCUACACCCUGCGGUGUGCGUCUUUUGCCUCGUUCCCCAUCGUUCUCGGUGUCAUCAUCCAUGGAAUCUCACGUCUCUGUGCCUCCUCCUAUGACCCGUUUAAACCCAAAGAGCGUGAGGUGACCAUACACCGGCGGUUUGUUAAGCAAGGAACGUUUCUAUUCGUCCUCUACUUCUUCAACCUCUCUGUGCUGGCCACCUACCUGCCCCAGGACCACCUGAAGUUUAUCCCGCUCCUCACCUGCCUCUUUACCCUUGCUCAGCUUAUCUACUGGCUGUCCUUCGCCGUCAGCCGAUCGUUCCGUGGUUUCGGCUAUGGCUUGACGUUCUUUCCUCUCAUCGCCAUGAUGUUCAGCAACUUUUACUUCAUGUUUUUGGUGGAGCCAGAAAAGAUGAUUUUCCUGGGAAGUAGAAACGUGCCCCAAAAUUAGCAAAUGGAAUGACUGCACACCUUGGGCAGCCAAUGGAGACACUCCCAGCAUCAUAAAAUGAAUACCUCCUUUGGCUCACGUUGGAUCUUUUAUAUCUACCGUCUCCUUCUUCUGAUGUUACAUAUCUAAAAAAAAAAGACUAAGGGGGUGUAUUUAUUAAAAAAAAAAAUCACCCUGCUCACCCUCUGUGAAACUGCCAUGUACAUUUGUUCCAUGGGAAUUGAGGAAAAAUCGAAUGCUGUUAGGAUAUUUCAUCUCCAGUUCGAAUGUUAUGCGUUCAUAAUGAAAACAGGAAAAUACGGCAUUAUGGCCACUAGAUGGAGCUAAAGUUCAUAGGCAAAAAAUGUAUAUUUACGAUUUCCGUCAGCUCCAUCUAGUGGCCAUGGUGUGGUAUUUUCCCAACCCAUCAAAUCCGACUGAAUUUUGUUUUUAAGGCUUUAUUUGAAAAAUUAUAUUUUAUAUGAAGAAAUUUGGACCUGAGGCUCUGUACUUGAAAUUCAACACUUUACUUUAAAAGCCCAAUUGAACUUACAGUUUAAAGAAGAAGUCUUCUCUGGAAUAUAGACUUACUUGCCGCUCUAGUGAAUCACGUUUAACCCCUUUAUGGCUGCCCAACACAUAUGUGCAGCGGCAAAGGGGUACAAUUUAACACCCAACUGCCGUCCAUAUGUGCCGCUGGGCAGCCAAGGGUCAUGUGCUGAGAGCGCGCUCCUUGUGCACUUUCAGCACAAAGACAGAAGUGUUGAAGACAGCUCUCAGCCAGAGUUAAAUCAGUAGCCAGGGGACUGACUCCUGAUCAUGUGACCACUGUGGUCAUAUGUUCGCUGAUCCUUCCUGCCCCCCCAGGUGUUCAGAAGUCUUUAAAGGGGGGAAGGAGCUAAGCAAUAAUUUAGCAUGAGAAACGAAUUGUUGAACUAUUGCAAAGAAAAGAAC